AUGGCGCCGGCGCGAGCGCGGCCGUCGCCGUUCGACAAGCACACCGGCGCCUCGGCCACGGCCAUCUCCAGCGGCUUCCACACGGUGCUCAACAUGGGCCCGCAGCCCGCCAUGCCCGGCGCGCCGCCCGGUGCGCCGGCACGCAGCGGCGGAGGCGGCGACUGGCUGCGCGGCCUCAAGGAGAGCAGCGGCAUGGGCACGGCGGCGGCGGCAGAGGGCGAGGCAGAGGAGGACGAGGAGGACAGCGAUGAUGACAGCAGAGCAGACUCGCCCGCGGCGGCCAAGCAGGGCAAGGGCGGCAGCAAGGGCAAGGGCGCAGCAGGCAAGAAGAAGGCGAGCAGCGGCGCCGCAGCCGACACCGCCGAGCAGCGCAAGGCGCAGAACCGCAUUGCGCAGCGCGAGUUCCGGCAGCGCAAGCAGCAGUACAUCCGCGCGCUCGAGGGGCGCGUCGAGCUGCUCUCCAGCGACCACGACACGCAGGUCGACCGCCUGCGCUGGGCGCUGCGCGGCCUGCUGGCGGAGAACAACCAGCUGCGCGAGGUCGUGGGCAACCUGGCGGCCUUCAUUGGCGAGGGCAUGAUUGGCGGACCACUGCAGAAGAACGGCAUGUCGAGAGAUGAACUGGAGGCGCUCAUCAUGAAUCGCAGCGAGAAGACCAUGACGGAACAGUGGCAGAAUUGGCCCGGCGCUACCGAGUGCGAGGAGCUGCGCAAGAUCCGUCUUGAGGCGUCACUGCCGCCCGAAGGUCUGCCCGAGUCUCUGCCAAGCAAGAGAGCCGCAGCCGCAGGCAGCACGUCGACGCCGGGCAGUGCGAAGCGCAAAGCCAGUGGCGAUGCGCUGGCUGCACAACAGGCGAAGCGCUCGGCCACCACUGCAGCUCAGGCACCGACGACGAGCAGCAAGGAGAAGGAGCGUGAAGGCAGUGCCAAGGCGCGCGAAGGCAGCGCUGCAGCCUCUACGCCGGCGACAAACAGCCCGACGACGGCAGAGGCGAGUCGGCUGCGCAUGCCGCACAGCGCCGCGCAAGCCGAGCCUUCACCGCUCGGCGUCAGUGCCGCUGCCGCGGCACCGGCCAGCAUGCCUCAGCCGCUAGCCGCUGCACCACCAACUCCAGCGUAUCCCACGCCCCUCAGCCACGUCAACCUCGUGUUCGGCGACGGCCAAGGACUGGGCUUCAGCGGCGCCAGUGGACCAAGCCUCUGGGGCAUGACGCCUCCCUCCUCGUCUGCGCCCAGCGCAGAGUUCUUCCGCACGGGCAUGACGCCGGGCGCCAGCGAGUCCGACGCGCUGCUGGCCAGUCUCUUUGGCGCAGAUGCCCUGUCGAGCUUUGGCGCGUCCAUGGCUGCGCCUUCGCCGGGCAUGCGCGCUGCUCUGCCCCCACACGUCGCCUCGCCCAUCUCCAUGGCGUCCGGCAGCGCCGCGGCGCUGCAGCAGCAAAUGGCUCCACCUUCUCACCCCUCGGCUUCUCCGGGCCGCUUUGCAGCGGGUGGCAGUGCCGUGCACUCCAGGCACGGCUCAAACGCCUCGGCGUCGGCUUCCCUCAUUGAGGCCGUGGCGGAAGUGACGUCGCGCGCAAUGUCGGCGGUGGGCAAUGGCGAGAUGGCCGACGAGAUUGAGCGCAUCAACGCCGUCGUGCGCCGCGCCGCCGAGAAGCGCCGACGCCUCGCGGGCCACGUGCCUUCGCCGUCGUCGUCGUCCGCUGCGGCGGGAGAGAUGCAGGACGGGAACCGCAUGGCACAGGCGCCGUACGUGGCCCCUACGGGAAGGACGGUGGGGCCGGAGGAGCUGGAGAGAUUGGGAGAGGCUAGUGCUCAGCUUGCGUACCACAUGCGCAACUUCCGCAGGAAUCCAGCGUAUCGCCUGCCGCCUCUGUUGAAACUCAUCGAUGGCAUGCCAUACCCGGGCAUGCGCGACUUGCUCAUCAAGCAUCAAGACACACUCGACAUCGAGGCCGUCUGGCUGGCCGUGAUGGACUAUUCGCAGCUGCACGAAGGCGACGUCUUCUCGCCAUGCGUGUGGGAGAUGCACAUUCCCUUCUUUGUGCGCUUCCCGCAACUGCUUGACGAGCAGACGCUGGCGAACUCCAACAAGUGGCGUGCCGAGCGCGGCGAGCCGACGAUGACGCUGGAGCAGGUGCGCCAGAUGGCGGCGGAGCAUGCUGCCUCGGGCGGCACGCCGACGACGACGGCGUAG